UUUAAUUGCAUCGAUAUUGUUGCUCACAACUAAAUUAAGUUGAUCAUCAUGAAGUUUUCAUCUAAUUUCAUCAAACUUUUAUUGCUCAUUAGAUUUUUUCAUAUUCAACUAGUUGGUUCAUUUGAUCCUUACAGUAGUCAUGCUCGAAUUCGUGUUGAAGAUGGUAACAUUGUGUUCGAAGCUCCACCGCGAAAAAGCAUCUCAUUUAAAUCCAAUUUAGGUUCGAUUCUAAUCAAUGGUGAUAAUCUAUCAAAUGUGCUGAUUAGAUCGUCCUCAUCGAAUGUUGGACAAAGUGCCAUUGAUGGAUCAUCGGCUAUCGAUCAGCGAAUCAAUUCAUUGAAAGAUUCUGUUGAUAAGCUAAAUGAAUAUUCCGAUGCUCUGAGUAAAACUCGAGAAUUUUUCAAUCCUGGUCGUCGACAAUAUGAACCAAGAGAUUUUCACAGAGCAUUAUCCAAUUUAACCCGAUUAACAGAUGAAUUCAAUCGACUGAAACAAAGAUUAGAGGAAAAUCUUUGCUCAACUAAUCCAUGUAGAAAUGGAGGAACGUGUUUACCUGCAUUUCAAUCUUACAUAUGUGAAUGUCGUGAAGGUUGGGAUGGUGCUAAUUGUGAUUCGGAUGUUGAUGAGUGUUUAAAAUUUUCAUUUACUGACCUUGGCUGUCAAAAUGGUGCCACUUGUAUUAAUCUUCCAGGUACAUAUCAAUGUAAUUGUAUCAACGGCUUUUACGGCGUCCAUUGUACCCAAAGGUCAGAUGAUUGUUCGUCAAGUUCAAACGAGGCUCUUUGUGGUCAUGGUAUUUGUCUAUCAGUUGGUAAGCCGGUCGCCGGUAAACCACAUUACACUUGUCUCUGUGAUCAAGGUUGGACAACUGAUGGUGUGUCACCCGCUUGUCGAGUUGAUGUCGAUGAAUGUUCAAGCUCAAUGCCUCAUUGUUCAAUUAAUCCACCAGUUGAAUGUAUCAAUUUUCCUGGUGGAUUUACCUGUGGACCUUGUCCAGUUGGUUAUAAGAAGCAAGGAUUUUAUUGUUUAGAUGUUGAUGAGUGUCAAUUGAAUAAUGGUGGUUGUUCAAUAUCCCCUCGAGUUGAAUGUCGUAAUGUCCCAGGGUCAAGGGAAUGUGGACCUUGUCCACUAGGAUUCUCAGGUGAUGGUGUUACCUGUACAUUUGCUGGUAUUUGUUCAAUGAGAAAUGGUGACUGUUCACCAAUAGCUCAGUGCGUUGAGAUUACAGCCUCAGCUGGACCAGGGCGAUCAUGUCAAUGUCCACCAGGUUACAUGGGUAAUGGUGAAGGUCCAAACGGUUGUCUAGCAAGUACAAGUAUUACCUGUGACCAGCGUCCAUGUGUAUCUGGUAUUUGUAUUACCGUCAAUUCAAAUCCACCAAGUUUCAGGUGUCAAUGUCAACCUGGUUUCUCAGGUUCAAGAUGUGAAAUCUCAACAUUAAACCCUUGUAAUCCUAAUCCAUGUUUAAAUGGUGGAUUCUGUCUCAAUAAUCCUAUUUUAGGAGGCAGAUGUCGGUGUUUACCUGCAUAUACAGGUGAUCGGUGUCAAGAUCAACGAUUAGCCUGCACCGGUGACUUUGAUUCUGAAACGGGAAUUCUAAGUUAUCCCUCUAAUGGUGGUAAAUAUCUUCCUGAUACAACUUGUAAUUGGAAAAUACGUUCACCCAUUGGAAAAGUUAUUCGUUUAACCUUCACUGAGCUUGAUCUUGAAAAUUCAUUUGAUUGCCAUGCAGAUUCAAUUCUAAUCUAUGAUGGUCUCACCAAUUCAGCUCCACUUAUCGGUAAAUACUGUGGUGAUAUAUCCAAAAUUCUGGAAAACCAUACAAUCACAAUUUGGAAUUCAUUGGAAUCAUCAUCAUCAUCAUCAUCAUCUCCACCUGAUAACAUCAUCAUGGAAAGAGAAACAAUUAAUUAUAAUGAGUCAUCUUAUUCCAAUGAGACUAAUGAUAUUUAUCUGACCAAUGAGGUCACAUGGGAUCAUGCAAGUAAUUAUAAUCAUCAUGUAAAUGAUGAUGAUCAUUCUGAUGAUUAA